AUAAAGACACAAAUAUACCUUCAUAGCUAGCUAAAGCUAAGUGAGCUGUUGAUUCUCAGUGGAAUUUGCAGUAGCAACAGUUUUACCAACCGUCUCACAUAACUGGGAGUCAUUCGACCCAAAGUUAAAGUGUUUUUAAAUUAAGAACACCUGCCGUCAUCAUUUAUUUCAGUACUCUAAAUUGUAUUUAAUCAAUUUAUAUAAAUACAUUCUACCCUUGUAAGAGGUGAAAAUAUGUUUAGUGUUUUCCCUUGAAGGAUGUCUCGGGGCUAUUCAAGUUUUACUCGGGCCUCUCUUUGUGGUGCAGUUGAAUGGCAGCGGUCUGGAGGCUUGUGAAUGUGAGCAGUGAGAGUAGUGGAGGAGGAGGAGGAGGAGGAGGUGGAGGGGUGUGAGUCUUAAACCCUGGCUGUUAAUCCUGCUGUCCUCAAUCUCUCCUCCGCCUGUCUGCACCGGAGGACGCGACAUGACGGGUCACACACUCUCUCUGCUCCUCUGCGACCAAACUUAGUGUGCAGCAGCAGCAGCAGCAGCAACAAACACGUCAGUGGCUCCAGCCCGUGAACGUGUCUUCUUAAUCGCACCUGCUGGAAAGCAAAAGACCACGGUUCAAUUUGUGAAGACGUCGCAUUCACUCGGAGUUAAUCCUGUUCGCUGGAGGACUUUUUAAAUAUCUGCGAUGAGCGCUGCGGAAAACCCAGACACCGACUCCAACAAACUGGAGUCUGUGAUACAGAGGCUGGAGGAGAGUGUCUUGUCUGAGGAGAAGAGGCUGACCGUCCGGGGCCCUUCACCAGACGCCCCCCCUACAUGUCUCCCAGCACGAGUACGAGAGAUUGUCACAAAGAACCUCAACGAUACCUCCGGGGCCAUGUCUUCGGUCAUGUCCCUCCAGGAGGAGAACCGGGUGCUGCAGGGAGAGCUGGCGAGGCUGGAGGACCUGCUGGCACACAGCAGAGCCGACCGGGACGAGCUCGCCAUCAAGUACGGUGCGAUUAGUGAGAGGCUGGAGCAGGCGCUACGCUUUGAGAGGGGAGACAGGGAUCACGAUUCACCGGAGUCACGCAGCCUGGCGCAGCAGAAUGUGGAUUUACGACGGCGGCUGGACGAGGAGCAGGCGAGCUACAAGCGUAAACUCACUGCCUACCAGGAGGGUCAGCAGAGGCAGGCGCAGCUCGUGCAGAAGUUGCAGGCCAAGGUGCUUCAGUACAAAAAGAGGUGUGGGGAUCUGGAGCAGAUGGUGCAGGAGCGGUCCUCAGAGUUGGAGAAACACAGGCUGAGUAGCCCUAGUGAGUCAUCAAACGAUCGCCAUCAAGACGAAUCGAGCAGCAACCUGGAGGACGCUUUAAUCCGUCUGGAGGAAGAACAACAGAGGAGCAGCAGUUUGUCUGCGGUGAAUGCCAUGCUGAGAGAGCAGCUGGAGCAGGCCGGUUUGGCCAAUGAGGCUCUCAGCCAGGACAUCCGCAGGCUCACUGCUGACUGGACAAAAGCCAGGGAGGAGCUGGAACAAAAGGAGUCUGACUGGAGGAGAGAAGAGGAGUCUUUCCACAGUUACUUCAGUACUGAGCACAGUCGCCUGCUGAUGCUGUGGCGGCAAGUGGUCGGGUUUCGGAGGCAUGUCUGUGAACUGAAGAGCGCCACUGAAAGGGACUUGUCAGAUAUGCGUAACGAGCUGGCUCGGACGUCCCACUCUACUCAGGUGUCCUGUGCAGGUCUGUCUGCCACGCUGCAUACCCGGGAGGGAGGAGCAGCUCUGGUCCUGGAGCGGGAGAAAGCUCUGCGGGGUCAGCUGGAGCAGCAGCUGAGAGAGCGAGUGGCAGAGACGAUGAAUCUUCAGACCAGAACAGACGCAGAGAGAAGUGAGCUCAACGUCAGGUUGUCAGAGUCGGUUCGAGAGGCAGAGAGACUAAAGGGCCAAAUAGAGGAGAGAGACAGAGAAAUGGUCGUACUGAUGAGGAGGCUUGAGGAGCAGAGUGGUAACGAUGAGACUGACAUGCAGGUGAUGAGAGCUCACACUGAGACGCUGUUAGACACCAUGCGGGACAUCGCUCAGACGGUUUUGUCUGAUGGAGAGUCGUCAUCGGAGGCAGACCAGGACAACUCUGGGGCUCCGCUGCUGGCGCUGAUCCGUGGUUUCUCCCCUCACCGCUCCUCCUCUCCUCGCAGGUCGUCCUCCCCCUCUCGGCCCUCCUCGCUGGCUCCUCUUUCUGAGGCGGCGUUGUCAGCUCUGCGCUCUGCAGUCACUAACAAGACGCUCCAUCUGCAGGAUGUGCGAGGGCGUCUGUUCUCUGCCCAGUCUUCGGUUCAACAGUUACGCAAGCAGCUUUCAGAGACUGAUUUGGCUAAAAGAGAUGCAGAACAGCGAAACCAAGCUCUGCAGAGAGAGAGGGAUGCUGCUCAGAGAGAGAGGGAGACCACACAGAGAGAAAAGGACCGCCUGAAGCAGGAGAGAGACACACUGGCCAGUGAGAAGGUGAGCUUGGAGAAGAACUUGCAGGCAGCACAGAGCAGCAACCAGACCCUGCAGAUGGACUGUGAGAAGCUGCAGCUGACCGUGGCGUCCACUCAGCGAGAGCGGGGUCACGAGAGGGACGAGAAGGAGGCCGCCACUCAGGAGAGAGAGCGGGCGAAGGCAGAGACUCAGAGGAUACAGAAGCAGUGGGAUCAGAGUGAGAGUCGAGCCUCUGCUCAGCGAGGAGAGCUGUCUGCAGUGAAGGAGACUCACCAGCAGGUGGAGAUUGAGAGGCAGCUGCUGGAGCGAGAGAAAGCCCAACUUACUGAAGCACUUGCUCGGGCCGAGGGCAGUAACGCAGAGCUCUCUCUGCUGCUCAACAAGCUGCAGUCUGAGGAUGCAGCUCUCAGGGACUCUCUGGCCAAGAUGGGAAGCAUGAACGAGGGCCUGGCCCAGGACAAAACUGAUCUUAACAAUUACAUUUUCCAGCUGGAGGAAAAGAAGGCCAUCCUGCAGGCCCAGAAACGGGAGGCGGAGCAGGAGAAGUUGACCAUCAGAGAUGAGCUGGUCCGGUUGGAGCAGGACCGGCUGGAGCUGGACUCAGCCCGCAUCACGCUGCUCCAGUCGCUGCAGGACGCCGAGCUAAGCCGGGUGGGGACCGAGGCAGAGCUCCAGAGUCUCAGGGCUGAGAGAAUUAAGCUGCAGGAGAAAGUCACACAGCUUUGUGUUGAGGUGACCUCUCUGGGAUCAGAGCUGAGUCUUGCCAGAGGAGAGAGCCAGAGGAACGAGAUGGUUUUAGAGGAAGCCGGCCGCGGUCGGACAGAACUGGCCCGAGACAAAGCAGCGCUGGUGGUCCAGCUCACGGCGUCUGAGAGAGAAAACACAGUGCUGUCAGAGGAACUAACUGCUUUCAGGUCUGAGCGGGAGUCGCUGGAAACCUGUCUGUUUGAGGUGCAGCAGCAGCUUGUUCAGGUGGAGUCUCGUAGGGAGCAGCUGGAGACGGAGAACCAAAACCUUCGUGUCCGCUGUGAGACUGUAGCCGCUGAACUAAGGCGUGUACGCUCCGAUGGGGAGAAUGUUUUGGCCCAGGCUGAGAGAGAGAAACAGGCUCUGACUCAGACUCUAAAUGCUGCACAGCUGGAGGCCCAGCAGGCUUUACGCAAGGUCAUCUCUGAACAUCAGGAGGAAGUGGAGAGGCUGGUCUCAGAAAAGGUCAGAAGGUUCAGUGGUUCAGUGCUACUCAAAGCACUGCUUGUCGACUUGUGUUUUUUUUUUUUUUUUUCAGAUAAGGCCAACGACUCUUUAAUCCAUGUUUGUGCUCUUGGCUGCUUUGUUUCACAGGAAGUCGUGCGUCACAGCCUGCUGAUGGAGCAUGAGGGCACUCUGAGAAGGCUCCGGCAGGAGGCGGAGGAUCAGCUCCGCAGGGCAGAGACAGAAAACGAGGAGCUGCAGGAUGCACUGAGGAGUCUCCAGCAUGACAGAGAUCAGAGUCUGCUGCAGGCCGAGACGGAGAAACAACAGGCCCUUUCUCUGAAGGAGGCAGAGAAAACAGUCUUGUCUGACAGGGUGUCCACCCUGCAGGCUGAGCUGUCAGCUGCAGCCCUGGAGGUCGAGCGAAUGUCGAGAGAAGCAGCUCAGUACAAAGAGCAGGAGCAGAUCAGAAUUGGUGCUCUGACCAGCGAGCUGCUGGAGCUUCGCUCUCAGCUGGAAGAUGCAGCUUCUGUUCAUGAAAGGGAACUCCACAGUCUACGAGAGACUUGUACUGAUCUUCAGUCACGGGCUGAUGUUGCUCUCAAAGAGCUGGACCAGUGUAGAGCUUCUCUCGCAGCUAACGAGGAGAGUCGAGACCAGCUGAGGCGGGACUUGUUGGCCAGUGAGCGACGUCUUAACCAAACUCAGGAUGCAGCAGAAAACAACAGAAGAGACGGGACGGAGCUGCGACGCAGCCUCACUGACGUCACCAAGGAGAGGGACACUCUCGGCCAGUCGAAUAUUCAGCUGAGAGGAACUCUGCGAAGUGCAGAAACAGAGAGAAUCAGUGUGAAAAGACAGUGCGAGGAGAAGGAGCAGAGGCUGGCUGUGCUGGAGGAAAAUCUGUCGUCUAAUCAGAAGGAGGUGACGGAGCUGCGGAGCUGCCUGAGAGAAGUUGAACGGUCACGGCUUGAAGCUCGACGGGAACUCCAGGAGCUCCGCAGACAGCUGAAGGUUCUUGAUGGAGAGAAGGAGCAGAGAGAGAGGGAGGUGGCAGAGCUGCAGACUCGCCUUUCACUGGAGGAGCAAAGAGAGGAGGGGAAGGGGAAAGAGCUUUUCACCCUCAAACAGAGGUUAACUGAGGCCGAAACAGCGCGAGACUCCCUCAAGAAAGAACUUUCUGUGACUCAAAAGCGCCUGCUGGAGUCAGAGUCGGGGUGGCGGGGCUGCGAGAGAGAACUGACCGCUCAGCUGCAAGAGGCGCGUGGCUGCGAGAAGAAGCUGCAGGACGAAGCCAAGAAUUUGGCCCUGCGCGCUCAGGCGGCUCAGGACUCUGCCGCUCUGUCCAGCCUGCAGCUGAGCGAGGCCCAGGGCAGACUGGCCGCCACAGAGGCGGAGCUAACCCGGGGCGACGCCGGGAGGAGGGACCUGGAGUUUCGUCUGAGCAGCCUUCAGUCGGCGCUGACGCGAACACUGGGCAUCGGAGUGGGCGGCAGGGGAGGCAGGGGGAGGAGCCCGGGGGGGAGCUCCACAUCACCAGGAACUAUGUCACGCCACCACAGCAUCUCCCCCCUGCGCUCCUCACUGUCGCCUCCUAAAGAAUUUCGAGGAAGCACCCCUGACAAUACUCUAGGCUCAGGGUCUCCUGAGAGGGGGGAUACACCACUGCCUCUCCCUCAGCCAGAGCUAGACCCCGACACACUGCGAAGUGAUCUGAGAGACUUCCUCCUGGAGCUGCGUGAGGCACAGAGGGAGAGGGAUGAUGCUCGAUGCCAGCUGGGGGCCCUGCAGCGGGAGCAGGAGGAGCUGUCGGGGGAACGGGCAUCUGCUCUGAUUCGUCUCACUCACCUGGAAAACACCUUACAGGAAUACCAAGAAGGGAAGCGUGGAGUGGACGAGCGUCUGACCACCACUCAGAUUUUGCUCCAGCAGCAGGAGGAGGCGGUGAGGAGAGGAGACAGAGAGAGGAGAGCUCUCAGCGACAGGGUGAAGGAUUUAGAGCGAGCGCUGCAGACCUCUGAAAUGGAUAGAAAACAUACCCAGGAUCAGUUAAAUAAGCAGCGUGCUGCUGAGAUGCGUCUGGAGGCGGAGAAGAGGCGUCUGAGGGAAGCGCUGGACGCAGCUGAAGCCCGGGCCACCAGGGUGGAGCUGGGGAGGCGCAGUCUGGAGGGGGAGCUGCAGAGACACAAACUGAGUCUGGGAGACCGGGAGGCUGACAGCCAGGCCUCCCAGGAGCGCCAUGAGUCUCUACUGAAACAGGUGGCAGAAGGAGAAGCCCGUGUGUCUCUGCUCCAGAGAGAGGUGGAGCGGCUGAGCCAGGCUCUGCUCAAAGCUCAGGAAGGCGAGUCUUUACUCAAAGAGAAGACCUCUUCCCUCAAAAAGAGCCUGCAGGAGGCAGCAGCUUCUCACAGCAGCACACAGAGUUGUCUGACCGCUCUGCAGAAGACGCUGAUUGUGGCCGAACAGGACAAAAGGCUUCUACAGGAACGAAUGGAUGAAGCCCGGGCGUCAUUAGUGGAGGGGAAAAGGAACAUGGUUACCCUCACUGAGCGCGUGCAAAGCUUGCAGAGCGAGCUGGACCAGAGCGAGAUGAAACGAGAGGAGGUGGAGGCUGAGCUCAACAACACUCAAGAGGCUCUACGUCAGCGCUCAGCCAGUGCCGCAGAGGCUCAGCGCAGCGCCCAGUCGGCUCAGACAGAGCGGGCCGCUGUAGAGGAGCGGCUGCGUGGGCUGCAGCGAGCGGUAGCCAUGCUUGAGACUGAGAAAAAAGAUGCAGAGAGGCAGGCUGUGAGGCUGGAGAAAGACAAAGAUGCACUGAGGAAUACACUGGAUAAGGUUGAACGUCAGAAGUUGAAGACUGAGGAAGGCAGCAUGCGGCUGUCUGCGGAGAAAAGCCACUUGGAUCGCUCUCUGAACACCACAGAGCAAGAGCUGCAGGAAGCACAGCAACAGAUACUGAUGCUGCAGACUCAGCUGGCCGAGACGGAGCAGUCACACAGUCUGUGCGAGAGUUUGGUGAGGCAGCGUGACGAGGCCCAGCGGGAGGCGGAGAGACUGAGGACCAGCUUCAGGGACGUCGAGCGAACGCUGGGAACCAGAGAGCGAGCUCACCGACACAGAGUCAAAGGCCUGGAGGAGCAGGUGUCCACCCUGAAGGAGCAGCUGCAACAAGAAAUGAAACGGCGACAGCCUUCUCUUCCAUCCUCCUUAUUGUCAGCAGGAAAGUGAGAUGCAGCUUAAAACCAAAAGCACCAGCACACCACAUCUGAACUAGGGGAGAUCCACUCAUCAUGAAUGUCUGAAAGCAAUAUUUACUCACAGAAACAUUCCUUUAAAGCUUUUAUACUCGUAACUCCAGCGUUUUAAAAUACGAUUGUUUUACUUUGUGACUCAUUCUCAUGGUGUGUUAUUGAACACUUAACCUGCAGCACACACUCAGCCAACGGCAGGCGAGGGAACGGAGCGAUGUGAUUCAGCAGCUGUGCUGAAAACGCCAGCAGCCCGCUGAUUACUGGCAACCAUCUGCUCUUGAUCCGUGCUCAACAUCUUCCAAAACUUCCUGCUCUUAUUCAAGAAGAAAACCCGAAUCACCGCAAGGAUUCUCCUCCAGACAGAAUCUGGAUGUAGUGCAGGAAUGAAAAUCUGCCAGUUUUUGCAGUUUGGCCUUGAUUCCUCCACAUUUACAGUAUAUGAACAGUUGAGGACACUAAGAGAAGGAAGGGAAGGGCUUCACUGUGUGCGAGUGCCACGAAACAGACGAAUUGAGCAUAAUGAAGGAGCUGCACUGUAUUUUCUCUUAGAAGCAGACGCAGAUUUUACUGAUUGUGUUAUGUAGACAGCGUUACAACUGAAAAUGGGACCACUGCAGUAUGAUGGUAUACUUACAGUAUGUUUUUAUUAGUUAAUAGUAGUUUUACUAUGUGUAUAUACUUUGUACUUACUGUAUAAUGGCAGACAGACUGAUGAUUAAUAACAGAAAUAUGACUUGUAUGGACAAUACACAUGGCAGCCAGAUUUCUGCAAGAGAAUAAACUCCCUGUGUGCACCAUAAA